GCAGGCGCCUGCAGGUUGCAUCAGCUGGUGCGCCAGGGGCAACGUGGUGCGAGCGCCGUCUUCCUCGGAGACCAGGGCGCGCUUCUGCCCGGCCUCCGCCUUCCUCCAGACCUUCGCUCGCGGCUCUGCGUAGUCCGAUGUUAGAGGAAGCGGCCAGCAGCCCUUCAGGGAAGAUGGGAGGCGAGGAGAAGUCGGAAGGUGCUGGUGAGGAGAAGAGGAAGGAAGGAGGCAAGAAGAAGAACAAAGAGGGAUCUGGAGAUGGAGGGCGAGCAGAGUUGAACCCCUGGCCUGAAUAUAUUAACACACGUCUUGAGAUGUAUAAUAAACUAAAAGCAGAACAUGAUUCCAUCCUGGCAGAAAAGGCGGAGAAACACAGCAAGCCAAUUAAAGUCACUCUGCCUGAUGGCAAACAGGUCGAUGCAGAAUCCUGGAAGACUACACCUUAUCAAAUUGCAUGUGGAAUUAGUCAAGGCCUGGCUGACAAUACUGUUAUUGCUAAAGUGAAUAAAGUUGUCUGGGACCUAGACCGCCCAUUGGAGGAAGAUUGUACCUUGGAACUUCUCAAGUUUGAGGAUGAGGAAGCUCAGGCCGUCUAUUGGCACUCCAGUGCUCACAUUAUGGGUGAGGCUAUGGAGAGAGUCUAUGGUGGAUGUUUAUGCUAUGGGCCACCCAUAGAGAAUGGGUUCUAUUACGACAUGUACCUUGAAGAAGGGGGUGUGUCCAGCAAUGACUUCGCUUCCUUGGAGACUGUAUGUAAGAAAAUCAUGAAAGAAAAACAAGCUUUUGAAAGAUUAGAAGUUAAGAAAGAAACUUUAUUGGAAAUGUUUAAGUACAACAAGUUCAAAUGCCGGAUACUUAAUGAAAAAGUGAAUACCCCAACUACUACAGUCUAUAGAUGUGGCCCCUUGAUAGACCUCUGCCGGGGUCCUCAUGUGAGACACACAGGAAAAAUUAAGACUUUAAAAAUACACAAAAAUUCCUCCACAUAUUGGGAAGGCAAAGCAGAUAUGGAGACUCUGCAGAGAAUUUACGGCAUUUCAUUCCCAGAUCCCAAAAUGUUGAAAGAGUGGGAAAAGUUCCAGGAGGAAGCUAAAAACCGAGAUCAUAGGAAAAUUGGGAGGGACCAGGAACUCUAUUUCUUCCAUGAACUUAGCCCUGGAAGUUGCUUUUUCCUGCCAAAGGGAGCCUAUAUUUAUAACACACUUAUGGAAUUCAUCAGGAGUGAAUAUAGGAAAAGAGGAUUCCAGGAGGUUGUCACCCCAAACAUCUACAACAGCCGACUGUGGAUGACCUCAGGCCACUGGCAGCACUACAGUGAGAACAUGUUCUCCUUUGAGGUGGAGAAGGAGCUGUUUGCUCUUAAACCCAUGAACUGCCCAGGACACUGCCUUAUGUUUGACCAUCGGCCAAGAUCCUGGCGGGAGUUGCCCCUGCGCGUUGCUGAUUUUGGGGUCCUACAUAGGAAUGAACUGUCAGGGGCACUCACAGGACUUACCCGGGUACGAAGAUUCCAGCAGGAUGAUGCUCACAUAUUCUGUGCCAUGGAGCAGAUUGAAGAUGAAAUAAAAGGUUGUUUGGAUUUUCUACGAACAGUAUAUAAUGUAUUUGGAUUUUCUUUUAAACUGAACCUUUCUACUCGCCCUGAAAAAUUCCUUGGAGAUAUUGAAGUAUGGAAUCAAGCUGAGAAACAACUUGAAAACAGUCUGAAUGAAUUUGGUGAAAAGUGGGAGUUAAACCCUGGAGAUGGAGCUUUUUAUGGUCCAAAGAUUGACAUACAGAUUAAAGAUGCAAUUGGUCGGUACCAUCAGUGUGCCACCAUCCAGCUGGAUUUUCAGCUGCCCAUCCGCUUUAAUCUUACCUUUGUAAGCCAUGAUGGUGAUGACAAGAAGAGGCCAGUGAUUAUUCAUCGUGCCAUCCUGGGGUCUGUGGAGAGAAUGAUUGCCAUCCUCACAGAAAACUAUGGGGGGAAAUGGCCCUUCUGGCUGUCUCCUCGCCAGGUAAUGGUCGUUCCAGUGGGGCCAACCUGUGAUGAAUAUGCUCAAAAGGUCCGGCAGCAGUUCCAUGAUGCUAAGUUCAUGGCGGACAUUGACCUGGAUGCUGGCUGUACACUGAAUAAGAAGAUCAGGAACGCACAGUUAGCCCAGUAUAACUUCAUCCUGGUUGUUGGUGAAAAAGAGAAAACCAGUGGCACAGUUAAUAUCCGUACCAGAGAUAAUAAGGUCCAUGGGGAGCGCACCAUUUCUGAAACCAUCGAGCGGCUACAGCAGCUUAAGCAGUCCCGUAGCAAGCAGGCAGAGGAAGAAUUUUAACGCAGACUGGACUACUGGAAGAGGAUGAUCAGUGUUUCCAUCACAGUAAUUUAUACUGAACUUGGAAAAAUUAGGCAGAAUCGACUCUUUCAACCCAGACAGGUUUUAGACAAUGUGUAAUUUAAGGGAUUAGAGAGCCAUCAAAAUGAUUUUAUUUGUAAAAAUCUGGUGAAAAUAAAAAACCACAAUGAAUGAUUUAGUGUAAUGUGGGAGAAAUCUUUUUGUAAAUUAAAUUUAGUUGAAACAUUCAACAAGCCAGAAAAGCUACAAUUUGGAUUAUGGUAUAAAAAUAAAAAAAUGUUCAUUCACAAACUAA